AUGGUUAUAUACGUCGAAGACUCUGAUGCAGAGAUACAGCAUGGUGCAAGUCAACAAGCCUCUCGCCCCCGGAGAACAAGGAACCCAUCCUCGAAGGCUACAAAUGGUGUUCACAGGAGGAAAGGCACAUACGGAGCGCGAGUUUUUUUGGAUGAUGCACUAGAAGAGGAAUUAUCAAUGGCGUCUUCUGUCCCGGAUGAUGCAGAAUCGCUUAUCACUACAGUUCAAGACCAGUUAUCGCAAAUCACAAUCAAAGAGAGUGGUCCACAGGAUGUCAAUGAGAAAGAAUGCUACCAGCACAUAACAAGGAAGGAUACGCACAUCACCAAUAACUCUGUAUUGGAAAAUAACACUAUAACGGAUAUUGUUAAGGGAACAGGCCUUAUUGAGUCAACGAAACAACCCCAGGAUGAUAUUUCGAUACCCCCCAAAUCCUCAAUAGAGAAAGAGGAGAUCAAGCGACCUAAAUCCCAAACUACUACAAGAAGAAAAGGGGACAUAAAAGCGCAACAAACAUACAUAAACGAUAAACAAAGGACUGCAUACGUACAAUCUAUCCUAAACGAGGCAAUGUCCACCAGGUCGUCUCGAGGAAUCCAGCACUUUGACAAAUGGGCAAAUCGGGCAGACGGUUUCUUUGAUGUCAGGAAAAUUGCGGAAGGUUCAUAUGGAGAGGUGUACGAGCUAUGCGCAAAAGAGGGAGUCUCUAAACCCAGCCUAUCAAAUAGUCGAUCUUCUAAACUACAAGCCUACAUGGACGGUGUUUUUAAAAUUGUGCCACUAUGCGCGCAGCGAGGACCGGGUUCGAAGAAAUUCACAACAGUGGAUGAAAUUGUUGCUGAAGUUCAGUUAUUGAAGCUUCUCGACCCAAUCCCCGGGUUUGCACGAUUUAGAGAGAUCCAUGUUGUUCAGGGCAGGUUUCCUCCUUCUUACCAAAGUGCUUGGGAUAUUUAUAGCCAGACUAAGGACGAUUGUUUCAAUCCCGACCCGAGCAAGAAGAAAUCAUACCCUGACAAUCAGCUCUGGGCUAUACUGGAAAUGGAGAACGCAGGAUUUGAACUUGAGAAGUUCAGGUUUUCCUCUGUUUUCCAGGUGUACGAUGUGUUCUGGGGUGUGGCAUUGGCUCUAGCAAGAGCAGAACAGUACGCUUCUUUUGAGCACCGCGAUCUACACCUUGGCAAUGUGUGUGUGAAGCAAAAACAGCCCCCUCUCGACGCAUGUCAAAAGGAGAGAACUAGAAAGGAUAACUCAACAAUUGGACUUUCAGCACGCCUAGGUAUAAGCGGGCUGGAGACAACCAUCAUUGACUAUUCUUUAUCUCGGGCAGAGCUUUCACCUUGUGAGACACAAGGUACUAGUUAUACUAGCGGAUCAGUGGCAUGGUCGGAUCUCGAAAAGAAGGAAAUCUUCGAUGCCGUUGGGAGGGACGAAGAGGAGAAAUUCCUCCGUGACACGUAUCGGAUGAUGAGAUCAGAGGUCUUUGAUGACAGUGAUCCCAACACAGAACAGUGGAAAGAAUACCGACCAAGAACGAAUCUUAUUUGGCUAUCUUUUAUUCUAGCAACGCUGGUAAACAAGUGUCAUACUGAGAAACUACUCCCAGCACACCGACAGCCCCUUGGGCAACGCUCAGCGAAUAGCAACAUCGUACCUAAGAAACCGAGCUCUAAGCACAAAGCUACUCAGAACAACGGAAGCGAAGACUUAAAACUAGGCGAUGAAAUCCAGCAAUCACUCUUUGAAAGACUGGAGACAGUUCUAGACCUGCUCGAAUUGGAAGACGAAUAUGAGAAUCUGUCUUGCGCUGGAGACCUGGUAGCCAUUGCCAUUGGUUCUCAGUGGCUAGAAGAAUCUGACUUCUUAUGCUAG